CCUCCGCGUGGAUGUAUCUACCGCAUGAGCGAAGAGGAACUCGAGGUGCUUCGUGCACAACUCCAUGAUCUUCUCGACAAGGGCUGGAUUCGCCCUAGUUGCUCGCCAUACAAUGCACCUGUUCUCUUCGUCCGGAAGAAGAACAAAGAUCUACRGUUAUGCAUCGACUAUCGCAAACUUAACGCACAAACCGUAAAGAACGCCGGCCCUCUCCCUCGGAUUGAUGAUCUCCUUGAGCGGUUAGGCGGCGCGACGUACUUCUCGAAGUUGGACUUGAAGUCAGGUUACCACCAGAUUGAAAUCCAGCCUCAAGAUCGGUACAAGACCGCAUUCAAGACGCGGUACUGGCAUUUUGAGUGGGUUGUCAUGCCCUUUGGCCUCACCAAUGCCCCUGCAACUUUUCAAGCAGCUAUGACGACUGAGUUUCGCGACUUGCUCGAUCGCAGUGUCCUCAUCUACCUCGAUGACAUCUUGGUCUAUAGCAGGACGUUGGACGAGCACAUCGUACACCUUCUCGUUGUUUUGACUCGUUUGCAACUAGCCAAAUACAAAGCGAAUCUCGACAAGUGYGAAUUCGCCAGGCAAGAGCUUGAGUACGUGGGCCAUUUUGUCACGGCGAAAGGCAUUUGUCCCUUAGCGGACAAGAUCCAAGCCAUCGUGGAUUGGCCGGAACCCCGUUGCACUACGGAUGUACGCUCUUUCAUAAGUUUGGCUGGAUAUUAUCAGCGAUUCGUCGAGUCAUACUCGAAAGUGGCCGCUCCUUUGUCGAGACUUCAGUCCCCGAAGGUGCCCUUCGAGUUCGAYGACGCAGCCCRUGGCGCRUUCACUACGUUGAAGGCAGCGAUGCAAGCCGCACCUGCCCUCCGUAUAUAUGACCCCACCCUACCCACCCAAGUGACUGCGGACGCUUCGGGAUACGGUAUUGGUGCGGUGUUGGAACAGUGUCACGAGGACGGUUGGCAUCCGGUUGWGUACUUCUCCCAGAAGGUGCCUCUCGUCAACACUCUUGAUGACGCUAGGAAGAAAGAGCUACUCGCGUUCGUCACCGUCCUCAAACGGUGGCGCCACUUUCUUCUCGGCCGUUGGCGUUUUAAAUGGAAUACGGAUAACAAUCCGUUGACAUUUUACAAAACACAGGACACGGUCACUAGUACGAUCGGUCGAUGGAUGUAUUACAUCGACCAGUUCGAUUUUGACCCGUGUCACAUUCCCGGUCCCACCAAUCGAGCUGCGGACGCCCUCUCACGACGGCCCGACUUUUGUGCCAUUGUGAUCACGGCAUUCGACCUCGAUGACGAUCUGCAACAGCAUUUCGUCAAAGGCUACAAGUCCGAUCCGACUUACUCUACGCUUUACGCAGAGCUUUCAUCGGAUCACCCGCCGGAUAGCAAUUAUCGGAUUUCCGACGGGUUCCUUCUCCUUAACACGAGAGGAACGGACUUGUUAGUUGUGCCCCAAGAUUGUAUCUUACGGACUCGUCUUCUCGGCGAAUUCCACGAUGCACGACUUUCGGCACACCUUGGCGUGAACCGCACACUMGCACGCCUCCGCCAGCGUUUUCACUGGCCCGACGUUCUGCACGACGUCACGAGGUACAUUGAGUCAUGUGCAGUUUGCCACCGUAACAAGGGCGAUCUCGAGUCCCCUUCGGCGAACUGAAACCGUUGCCGAUCCCUCGGGCACCACGCCUCUCCAUUGCUAUGGACGUGACAAGCCCGUUUCCCCGCGAUC